AUGAAGAAAUUUAAUUUUCGCAAAGUUUUGGAUGGUUUAACUGCCUCAUCCCCCAGUGGAAGCAGUGGCGGUGGCAGUGGUGGUGGAAGUGGGGCUGGUGGUGGCUCCGUGCACCCAGGAGGGACUGCGGGAGCUGCGGGGACUCCCAGAGAUGAGAUCCAGGAGACGCUCACUUCAGAUUAUUUUCAAAUUUGUAAGACGGUUCGCCAUGGUUUUCCUUACCUACCCACUGCCUUAGCCUUUGACCCAGUUCAGAAAAUUCUGGCAAUUGGAACAAGAACAGGAGCCAUACGAAUAUUGGGCAGGCCUGGUGUUGAUUGCUACUGCCAACAUGAAAGUGGUGCUGCAGUCCUGCAGCUCCAGUUCUUAAUCAAUGAGGGUGCUUUGGUCAGUGCAAGUGCAGAUGAUGCACUUCAUUUGUGGAAUCUCCGACAGAAGCGACCAGCUAUCCUACAUUCUCUGAAAUUUAACAGAGAAAGGAUUACUUACUGCCAUCUACCUUUCCAGAGUAAAUGGCUUUAUGUUGGAACAGAGAGGGGAAAUACACACAUUGUAAAUAUCGAGUCCUUCAUUCUUUCUGGAUAUGUUAUCAUGUGGAACAAGGCAAUAGAACUAUCCACAAAGACUCACCCUGGGCCAGUUGUACAUUUAAGUGACAGCCCAAGAGAUGAGGGAAAACUAUUGAUAGGCUAUGAAAAUGGGACUGUCGUACUCUGGGACUUACGAUCUAAAAGAGCUGAUUUGAGAGCUUACUAUGACGAGGCUAUUCAUUCUGUUGCUUGGCAUCAUGAAGGGAAACAAUUCAUGUGCAGUCACUCUGAUGGCAGCUUGACCCUAUGGAACCUGAAAAGUCCUAACAGACCAUUCCAGACCACAAUUCCACAUGGAAAAAUUCAAAGAGAUGGAAAAAAACCUGAAUCUUGUAAACCAAUUCUUAAAGUAGAGUACAAGACCUGUAAAAACAGUGAACCAUUUGUGAUAUUUUCUGGUGGAUUGUCAUAUGAUAAGGCUUGCCGAAGACCAAGUUUAACAAUCAUGCAUGGGAAAGCAAUUACAGUUCUUGAAAUGGAUCACCCUAUAGUUGACUUUUUAACUCUUUGUGAAACCCCAUAUCCAAACGAAUUUCAAGAACCCUAUGCUGUAGUAGUGCUUUUGGAAAAAGACCUCAUUGUUGUUGACCUGACACAAAGCAAUUUUCCAAUCUUUGAAAAUCCAUAUCCUAUUGACAUUCAUGAGUCACCUGUUACCUGCACAGAAUAUUUUGCGGACUGUCCUCCAGAUUUGAUUCCUGUACUCUAUUCUGUAGGAGCAAAACAUAAAAAGCAAGGAUACAGCAAUAAGGAGUGGCCUAUCAGUGGUGGAGCAUGGAACCUUGGAGCUCAGACAUAUCCCGAAAUCAUUAUUACAGGCCAUGCAGAUGGAUCAGUAAAGUUUUGGGAUGCUUCUGCCAUUACUCUACAGAUGUUGUACAAAUUAAAAACAUCAAAGGUCUUUGAAAAACAGAAACUGGGAGAAGGAAAAGCAACAGCUGAGAUUGUAGAAGAAGAUCCUUUUGCUGUUCAGAUGAUGUACUGGUGUCCUGAAAGCCGAAUUUUCUGUGUGGCAGGAGUUUCUGCAUAUGUAGUUGUCUACAGGUUCAGCAAACAUGAAGUAAAUACUGAAAUUGCAUCAUUAGAGGUACGACUUCAGUAUGAAGUAGAAGAUAUCAUUACUCCUGAACCGGAAAUAAUUCCUCCAUUUCCAGAUGCCUCCUCCCAGGUUCCUUCUUUAAAGAGCCUUUCAGGCAGUACCAACACUGUAGCAUGUGAAGGAACGAUGAAGGAUAGUAUCCCAUGUCUUAGCGUUAAGACUCGACCUGUGCGAAUGCCUCCUGGAUACCAAGCAGAUCUUGUUAUUCAGUUGGUGUGGGUGGAUGGUGAGCCUCCACAACAGAUUACCAGUCUUGCUGUAAACUCUGCUUAUGGACUAGUGGCAUUUGGAAACUGCAAUGGUUUGGCUGUUGUGGACUUUAUGCAGAAGACAGUACUGCUGAGCAUGGGAACCCUUGACCUAUAUGGAUCAAGUGAUCCAUACCAGCGUCAGCCCCGUUCACCUCGCAAAAGCAAGCAGUUUGCUGCAGACAACUUUUGCAUGCGUGGCCUGUCUAACUUUUAUCCAGAUUUAACGAAACGGAUCCGUACUUCCUAUCAGAGCCUGACUGAACUCAGUGACAGUCCAGUUUCCCUGGAGCUAGAGCGUUGCAAGUCUCCCACUUCAGAUCAUGUGAAUGGUCACUGUACCAGUCCAACGUCCCAGAGCUGCAGCUCAGGAAAACGACUUUCCAGUGCAGACGUCUCAAAAGCAAACCGCCGAGGGCCUGGGAGGCCCCCCUUCAGAAAAGCGCAGUCUGCAGCCUGCAUGGAGAUUUCUCUCCCAGUCACCACAGAAGAAAAUAGGGAAAACUCCUUCAGCCGUUCCCGAAGCUCCAGCGUGUCCAGUAUCGACAGGGACUCAAAGGAGGCAAUCACGGCUUUGUACUUCAUGGAGUCCUUUGCCCGAAAGAACGACUCUGCUGUCUCCCCCUGUCUCUGGGUCGGAACGGGCCUUGGUAUGGUCUUAAUCCUCUCCCUUAAUCUGCCCGCUAGUGACGAUUUACGGCAGUCAGAGCCAGUCAUGGUGUCGCCAAGUGGCACAGUUCUGACACUGAAAGGAGCCGUGCUGACCUUCGCGUGCUUGGACUGCAUGGGGACGUUGACACAUCCACCGUACGAAGUAUGGAGGGACCCACACAGUGCUGACGAUGGUGAAAAAACAAGAAAAAGGAAACUUGUCAUGCAUUCCCCUUCCUCCUCCCAGGAUAUGGGUGAUCAUCAAUUUGCAGUCAUUUGUUCAGAAAAACAAGCCAAAGUCUUCUCAUUGCCUUCCCAAACAUGUCUUUAUGUCCACAACAUCACCGAAACGUCCUUUUUAUUGCGAGCAGAUGUGGUCACCCUCUGUAACAGCGUCUGUCUGGCGUGCUUUUGUGCCAAUGGGCACAUCAUGACACUGAGCUUGCCCAGCCUUCGCCCACUGCUGGACAUCAACUAUUUGCCUGUAACAGACAUGCGGAUAGCGCGGACCUUUUGUUUCACUAACGAAGGGCAAGCUUUGUAUCUCAGCUCUCCCACAGAGAUCCAGCGCCUGACGUACAGCCAGGAGAUGUGCGACAAUCUGCAGGACAUGCUUGGGGAUUUGUUUACUCCAGUGGAAACACCAGAAGCCCAAAACAGAGGCUUUCUCAAAGGACUUUUUGGAGGAAGCGGACAAGCUUUUGACAGAGAGGAGCUUUUUGGCGAGGCCACAGCAGGAAAAGCCUCUCGCAGUCUUGCCCAGCACAUCCCUGGAUCCGGCGGAAUUGAAGGCGUGAGAGGAGCCGCAGGAGGAGUCAUUGGGGACUUGACUCGUGCACGCAUUGCCCUUGAUGAGAGAGGACAGAAACUGGGAGAGCUGGACGAAAAGACGGCGAGCAUGAUGGCCAGCGCAGAGGCGUUUUCCAAACACGCACACGAGGUGAUGCUGAAAUACAAGGACAAAAAGUGGUAUCAGUUUUAGACUUUCAAAGAAGCUGCUUGUGGCUUUAUUAAGAACACGGUUCAGGGAAGCAACAUUCAUUCCCAAAUCUACCAGUCACUGGCCAGAGACAGUUUUUUCUCCUAGAAGAUGUUUUCCUGUUACUAUUAUUGGAUUCAUCACAGUGGGAGUCAAGGAGAAAUUUUCCGGACCGUGAGAUGGAAGCUGGAGUCAUGCGGGUCUUACGCCAACAGCUGGCUCAUGCAGUAGCCGAUUUUUUUUCCAAAAGGAACUCAACCAUCACUGUGGCAUGUAGUUUUUCAGAAGCUGUAGGUAUGAACUGUGGGGAGUGCGUCUGGUUAAAAAUACUCUGUACAAACUCGAAUGUUAAUGCACUUAUAAAACUUUGCAUGACUAAUUGACAUCU